GGUCGCGGUGCGUCUUAAUCGCGUCGCGACGCUCAUACGAACGACUUAGCCACCACUGAAAGGCGGCGUCGGCACGCGGGGUUUCAUUUCUGAAAUUACGACGGUCAGUGCACCUACGAAACAACAAAGAUUUUUUUGAUAUAAAUAUAUUGUAGAGUAUACUUAAAAGAAAAAAACAAGGGAUUAUCCACGAUGUCUUCCUCCUCUGCCGUGAGGACCUCCAAAUACUCGUACCGAUCCACCCAGGGCGGUAACGCUGAUGUCAGCAUCGAAUACAGCGCCGAUCUUAGCGCCUUGACCAGGCUCGAGGACAAAAUCCGUCUCUUGCACGAUGAUCUGGAAUCCGAAAGGGAACUCCGUGGCAGGAUUGAAAGGGAAAAGGCUGACCUCAGCGUCCAAGUUAUCCAACUUUCCGAACGCCUGGAAGAAGCCGAAGGUGGUGCCGAAAGCCAGUUCGAAAUCAACAAGAAGCGUGACACCGAGCUGUUGAAGCUCCGUAAACUCUUGGAAGAUGUCCACAUCGAAUCCGAGGAGACCGCUUCCAUGCUCAAGAGGAAACACCAAGAAGUUGUCGUUGAUUUCCAAGAGCAGAUCGACACCAUGGCCAAAGCCAAAUCCAGGGCUGAGAAGGAGAAGGCCAAGUUCCAAUCCGAGGUGUACGAAUUGAUCGCCCAGGUUGAGUCAGCCACCAAGGAGCGUUUGGUUUCGGUCAAGCACGCCGAAAAGUUGGAAGUCUUCAUCAGCGAACUCAACGUGAGGAUCGAAGAGUUGAACCGCACCAUCGUCGACAUCACCUCCCACAAGACCCGUCUCUCCCAGGAGAACAUCGAACUCACCAAGGAAGUCCAAGAUAUCAAAGUAAAUCUUGAAAACGCCAUCUACUUGAAAUCCCAAUUGGCCAGCCAAUUGGAGGAUGCCCGUCGUAGGGCCGAAGACGAUGAGAGGAGGCGUUCCAUCCUGGAAGCCAGCCUCCACCAGAUCGAGAUCGAACUCGAAUCCGUCCGCGUUCAGCUGGAGGAGGAGAGCGAGGCUCGUCUGGACCUCGAACGUCAACUCGUCAAGUCCCAAGGCGAGGUUCAAAUCUGGAAGUCCAAGUACGAAACUGAAGCCAUCGCCCGCGCCGAAGAGAUCGAGGAGUUGCGUCGCAAGUACACCGUGCGCAUCACCGAGCAGGAGGAGCACAUCGAAUCCCUCCUCGUCAAGGUCAACAACCUCGAGAAGCAAAAGUCCCGUCUUCAAUCUGAAGUCGAGGUCCUCAUCAUCGACUUGGAGAAGGCCAAUGGAACCGCUAGGGAGUUGCAGAAGCGCGUCGAGCAUUUGGAAAGGGUCAACCUUGACCUGAAGACCCGUCUUGACGAGACCCUCGCCAUGUACGAACAAGGACAACGCGACCUCCGCAACAAGCAGCAAGAAAUCCAACGUCUCAACCACGAAUUGGACAAGACCCGCGAACAAAGGGAUGCCCUCGCUCGUGACAACAAGAAGAUGGCUGAUGAUCUUCAUGAUGCUCGCAACACCAUCACCGAGUACACUCGCCGCAUGCACGAGAUGGAAAUUGAAUUGCGCCGUCUUGAGAAUGAACGCGAAGAACUCACCGCUGCUUACAAGGAAGCCGAAGCUGGCCGCAAAGCUGAGGAACAACGCUCCCAACGUUUGGCAUCCGAACUGAACCUAUUCCGUCAUGAAGCCGAGAAACGCCUCCACGAGAAGGACGAGGAGAUCGAGGCCAUUCGCAAGGCUACCAGCAUCGAAAUCGAGCAACUGAACGCUCGCGUCGUCGAGGCCGAGACUAAACUCAAGUCCGAGGUCGCCCGCAUCAAGAAGAAGCUCCAGAUCCAGAUCACCGAACUGGAGAUGUCCCUGGACUCUGCCAACAAGAUCAACAUCGACUUGCAGAAGACCAUCAAGAAGCAAUCCUUCCAAUUGACCGAGCUGACCGCCCACUACGACGAGGUUCAAAGGCAACUUCAAGUCACCCUUGACCAAUUGAGCGUCUGCCAACGUCGCAUCCAAGCCCUUACGGCCGAAACCGAAGAAAUCAGGGGCAAUUACGAAGCUGCCCUUCGCGGUAAGAAGGCCGUCGAAUUGCAGUACGAGGAAUCCGUUAGCCGCAUCAACGAGUUGACCGUCAUCAACGUUAACCUUGCUUCCACCAAGUGCAAGAUCGAACAGGAAUUGUCCACCAUCGUCGCCGACUACGAAGAGAUCACCAAGGAAUUGAGGAUCUCCGACGAACGUUACCAGCGCGUCCAAGCUGAAAUCAAGCACACCGUCGAAAUCUUGCACGAAGAGCAAGAACGCGUCGUCAAGAUCGAGGCCAUUAAGAAGUCUUUGGAAAUCGAAGUAAAGAACUUGUCCGUCCGCUUGGAAGAGGUCGAAGCUAACGCCAUCGUCGGAGGAAAGCGCAUCAUCAGCAAACUGGAAGCCCGCAUCCGCGACAUGGAAUGCGAAUUGGACGAAGAGAAGAGGCGUCACGCCGAGACCAUCAAGAUCCUCCGCAAGAAGGAACGUACCGUCAAGGAGGUCAUGAUCCAAUGCGAGGAGGACCAGAAGAACAUCCAACUUCUUCAAGAAUCAUUGGACAAGACCUGCCAGAAGGUCAUGGUCUUCAAGAGGCAACUCCAGGAACAGGAGGGUGUUUCCCAACAGAGUGUUACUCGCGUGCGCCGUUUCCAACGCGAAUUGGAGGCCGCCGAGGACCGCGCCGACACUGCCGAAAGCAGCUUGUCUCUGAUCCGUGCCAAACAUCGCACUUUCGUCACCACCAGCUCAGUGCCCGGAUCCCAAGUCUACUUAGUACAAGAAACCCGAACAUCGUCGUCUGAACAGAUGUAAAAAGAAAAUAACACAGAACAGCAAAAAUAAGAACAGAAAACGCAAAACAAAGACAGCAUGCGAGUUUAUAAAUGAAAUGUGAAAUAGAACCAAUAACAACUCUAUAUCUUGGAACUUUGUAAGAACGAAACCUUUGAAAAAAUAAUAAUAAUAAGGAAAAAAACAAUAUAUAUAUA